AUGGCGCCGAUUCUUAUUGCCACUGCCACUGCCACUGCCCCUGCCCAGCAGCAGCAACAACAGGUGGAAAAUAAGCCGAGACCCUUUAAACGGGACUGGGACCCAAAGUGGCCAAUAUCCGAUAUCAUGACGACCGAUGUGCCGCCGAUGUUGCCCGGGCGGAAAAUCAAUCCGGUCAUAGUUCCGGUCAUGUCUCCGGCCCCGGUCCCGGUAGAAGGUUCAUUAUUGCAGGCACCUCCGAGUCCUGAGUUGUCGGCGCCUGGACCCUCGGAAACCCCUGGGCCGUCAACUGUACCUAAGUCUUCGGUAACGCCUACGCCCCCACCGAUACCGAGACUGAAUGCCAGAGGGCGGAAGCUACUCCCGGAUGGCCCAACCAAGAGACGUGCGCAGACUUCGAGCACGCCUCAAAACGGUGCACAAUCCUCGAUCUCGGCGCCGAAACAACGUGCGGGUCUAGUCUCAGCUGCGACUCCCGCUCCUGCGGCUAUCCAACUUAUCGCACAACCAGCGGUGGUCGCAGUCGUCAGCCAGAAGUCGAAGCUGAAGAGGGAGAACGAGAAGCAUGGGCCGAGCGGCAAGAUGAUUGCGGAGAAGACAUGGAAGGAGCACAAACGUGCCGACACGACCGCGAAAGAAGGGACGGUGCAGGAUCCCAAAUGCAAAAAAUGCCAGAAGCAAGGAUACGUAUGUAUUCGGAAGGAAACUGGCCCCUGUCAAGUCUGCAUGCGCAUGUCAGACGUGUGUUCCUUCACUGGCGAUUCUCAGAGAAAGAGGGAGGUAGCCAGGCGGGAGCGCCAGAAGGAAAAGAAGAAGAAGGUGGCGAACACUGUCACUGGUACUCCUGCUGAUCCCGCUACCCAACACGAGAAACAGAAGCAAGGGCAUGUGCCGUCUUCACAGAAUGGGAAAGAUGACGGCCAAGUUCCUGACCUUCCUGUGGGUUCCGGGCAGCAGGCAGAGCAGUCCAUCUUCGAGGACAAUGUUGAGGAUGUCGGCGAAAACGGCAGCCAUGCGAGCAGGAGCUCGGGGUUGGGAUUGAGAAGCCGCACCCUAAGUAUCUCGCCUCCUCCUGUCGUUCGAAAGAGGUCGGACGAAGUCGAUGAAGAUGUAGGCGGGGACUCUGGCCCGAGGGCGAAAAGACGUCGUAUUGCCGUCGACAAGACCGAUUGA